AUGCCAAAUCCAUAUCCUUUGUUGACAGAUUUUUCUGGACCAACCAUCUAUGGCUGGGCUGUGUUGGCCAUUGAAGGUUGGCUUGCUGGCUAUCAGACGAGUUUUGACACAGCCAAAUCCAAACUGUCACAGAAUAAUUUCACCCUGGGUUACAAGCCUGCAGACUUCCAGCUGCACACUCACGUGAGCGAUAGCACUGAAUCUGGCGGGGUGAUCUACCAGAAGGUGAACAAGGAGACUGAAACAUCAAUAAACCUCGUGUGGACGGCGGGCAGGAACACCACCUGUUUCGGCAUCUCUGCUAAGUACAAGCUGGAUUGUAGAACUUCUCCAUCUGCUCAAGUGGAUAAUGCCAGCCUGAUUGGACGGGGUUAUACUCAGACCCUUCGACCAGGAGCGAAACUGACCCUGUCAGCUCUAAUCUAUGGAAAGAACUUCAGUGCAGGAGGGCACCAGGUCGGGCUGGGAUAUGAACUAGAAGCUUAA